AUGCAGUUCACCAUCCUCGCUAUCUCGGCCUUCGCUGCCACCGUCCUCGCCGCUCCCUACGGCGACUCUGGCUCCAGCGGCUCCAGCGGCUCCAGCAGCAACACCUGCGCCCAGGGCUCUGAGAUCUCCUGCUGUGUCACUAACAGCGCCGACUCGGGCACUCUCGGCAACGUCCUUGGUGGUAGCUGUCUGCUUGACCAGGUGUCUCUGCUGUCUGCUCUUGACAACCAGUGCCCAGCCGGUAACACCUUCUGCUGCCCAACCAACCAGGACGGCACCCUCAACAUCAACGUCUCUUGCGUUCCUAUCAACCUUUAA